AUGAAGUACAACACUACCGCCUUUUUCGCUGCUGCUGCAGCUCUGGUGUCCAUCACCUCCGCAUCUGCCUCGGCGGCUGAAUGCAAUCAAACCGCAUCUGGUGAGCCUGGCGAGCCCGGCAUUUGCGCCAUACUGCCAGCCACUCCGCCAGAGCUUCCCUCGGUUGACCCUCUUGACGACGUUCCCCCUUGUAUUGAAGUCAUCUUCAGGGAAGACCAGUGCUCAAUUGAUCCCUAUACGCCCCCCUGGCCCCUCCCGGCCGCGGCAGCUGCGAACCUCACGAAGGUCGCCGAAUGCAAAUGCAGCGGAACCACUUUUGCCAACUGGCUUGAGUGCCAGAGCUGCCUCGUAGAACAUGACCUUUACAACGAUGUCAACUACAUCUGGUACAACAUCCUGACCGGAGUAAAAGCGGUUCUGUGCAACGCACCCGAACAUCCUUACGGCGUCCCGGAAUUCGUUUCACCAGCUCAGACUUAUAUCCCCAUCCCAACAACAACACCCAUGGCUUCCAUCAUCCCCAUCGCCCCCAGCACCACGGAUGAGCCCAGCGAGCCUAUCACGCAGGCAUCCUUGGCCAUCGAUCAUAGUGUCGCCGUUACAGCGCUCGGACCUCAAAAAUCCUGUGACGAGGUUCCUCAAGACUUCAGCAAACAACAAGACACCAUUAUCACGGGUCCCACUAUCACAGGCAUCACUCUCACAGCUUCCUUCACCAAUCAGUCCUUUUCAGCUGCAGCCACGCCAACUGAACCCCCAAGAAAGCCAGUGGUGCACUUGCCCCCAGCUACCGAGACGUCCAAUGCAGUCUCCUCGUUCGAGAAACUGGGUCUGACUUUGGCAAUUGUUGGCGGUCUUGUUCUUGGGAUGCUGUGA